UGACUAGAGUCGUCUGGAUCGCGCUGCAAAACAUGGCCUUGAAACUAAGACCCUGGUGUGGAGAUACUGUGUAAGCAAUGGUAAAAUGGAAAUAUAAGAGUAUUGGGACUGCACCAAAAUAGAAAUAUUUUAGAUAUUCACCAUGGAAGAUGAGGAGAAUGUCGCUAGGUCAGUUUACGAUCAAAUUUGUAACAGCCUCAUAGAAAAGAAACRACUUCAAGAAACUUCUGUUGCCUUUGGCAAGCUGAAGAGUGAUGCUGAAAGAGUAAAGUUYGUCCUGAACUUGACUUCAGUUGACCAGAUUAUUAGGAUAYGGCCAUYGUCUCMACAAAAGUCAACAGAAWGGUCUAUUAAUGCACGUGUUGAAGGCAACAAGUUAUUUCAAAAGAAAUUGCUUGKUAAAGCCUUGAAGGAGUACACUCAGACCAUCUUCUUGGCUCCAGAAUCUGAUAAAAAGGCAACCGCGCUUGGCUAUGCCAAUAGGUCUGCUGUUUUGUUUCAUCUUCAUGAAUAUGACCUGUGUUUGAGGGACAUCAAAGCUGCUCUUGAUAAUGGCUACCCAGAUGACAGUCUGUACAAACUGGUAGAUCGCAAAGGMAGAUGUCUGGCAUURCUCAACAGGAARGAUGAGGCACACUCUGCUUUUAAAGAAGCGUUGSAGUGUCUAGCCAUUUCAAGCCUUAAGAGUAAAGAUAAACAUCUGUGGAAGAAACAACUUGAAAAGCAAAUAAAUCAGUGCUUAGAUACAAAUGAAGUUCAAUCUCCUGUUAAUCCUGUAGAAUCUGUCAGAGCAGGUUGUCCUACAYCUGUUGAACUGAGUUAUGGAGUCAACAACAAGUACACAGCUGCAUCUAAGGCAYUUGACUUGGCUGUGUCACCUUUAAAAGGGAGGUACCCAAUCGCUUCUCAGGAUAUUCAAAUUGGCGACAUAAUACUUGCYGAAAAACCAUAUGCAUCUGUAUUGCUUUCAACCCACACUGACAUUCACUGUCACCAUUGUUUUGUGCGACUGMUAGCACCUAUACCAUGCKUGCAGUGUGUAGCUGUCAGAUACUGUAGCUUUAMGUGUGCUGRUGAAAGCUGGAAGGCGUACCACUCUGUUGAGUGCAAGUACCUGAAGCAUAUCUACUCCACAGGGAAGUAUGGUCACCUUGCUUUAAGAGCAGUCAUCAAAACUGGCCUGCAGCAGCUUAGAGAUGUCAUAUCUAAGGCACAAUCUUCUGUUAAUGAUCCUAGGAUGCUUGGAUGCAAUGAUAUUGGAGUCUAUGAUCCAUCUGAUUAUACUCCAAUAUAUCAUUUAGUUGGGCACACUGAAGAUAGAGCUAUUAACGAUCUUUUCAAGCGCACAGUAACUGCCGUCUAUUUGCUAAAAUGCAUUCAGGAAACAAGGUUUUUUGAUUCUUCUCAAGGAGAACAGGGCAGUGACAAGGGUACAGAGGAAAGCCUCAUUCUCGUAGGCAGCAUGAUACUCAGACAUUUACAAAGUUUUCCUUGCAAUGCCCAUGAGAUAUCAGAAUUACAGCUAUCUCGUAAAUCAGUAGCCACAUCGGAAACCACAGAAAUAGGAGCAGGUAUCUAUUGUACAUUGAGUUUGUUUAAUCACUCCUGUGACCCUAACGUUACAAGAUUUUUCUAUGGAGAUAAAUGUGUGUUACGAGCUAUGAAGACCAUUCCAGGUGGUCAAGAGAUUGCAGAUAAUUAUGGAGUUCUCUGUGCUUUGACUCCUAGAGAUGAGCGCCGCAAAGCCCUUGCAAACCAGUACUAUUUCCAUUGUGAAUGCAAAGCAUGCACAGAAGAUGCACCUCUGUACUCUGAAAUUAUGAAAAUARAAAAACCAAUUUUUAAAUGUGAAGGCUGUGGUUUUCCUCUGACUGGCUCUAAAGACACUGUCUUUACUUGUAAGAGUUGUAAUUCCAAGCAAAACAUUGAGUCAAAAGCAAAGCUUUUGAAGGAUUCUGAGGAUGGUUUUGCUGAAGCUGCAAACAAGUUACUGGAUAAGGCAGAUGUAUCCAGUGCCCUACCUCAGUUUCAGCACCACCUUCAUUAUCUAGAAGAAAAUGUUAGCCAACCUUGGCAUGGCUUCAAUAAUUGUCAUGAACUCAUGAAGCAGUGUUAUAAUAUCCUGGCAAAUUGUAAUUUAGUUGAUUAGAACAGAUUACAGCACAACAUUCAAAAGUAUGAAAACAUUGUAUACACAUACUUCUAUGCACAGGCUUUCGUAGGUUAAAACAACACUUUUGGGUGGGAAGCUGGCUGGUUUUACUAAAUUAGUUGUGUAAAAGCUUGUUUGGUAGCCAAAAGCCAGUGCAUAGAAGUAUUGGAAUACAUUAAAUGUGGUCAUGCUCUGUGCGUUGUGCAGUAAGUACAUACACAAAUGGAAUARGUUUAACAGUUCAUCUCCAAUUCCCCUCAUGAACUCGAUUAGUAAGGAAUUAAGUUUUUCACAGGAAGGGAGAGUUACAGCAGAUUAUAUUUUAUGUUUGGAGAUGAGUUUAAUGAAAAACUAAAUGAAUGGUAAAAGAAAAAGUUACUUUAGUUGAACGRUCUUUCAGUUGUAGUUUAACUGGAAGCCAAUGGGGUGCACUUCACCCCCUUUCCCCAGAAGUGCUUCAUUUAAAGGUACACUUAAAGCAAAAGCUAUAUGGAAUAGAGAGAUAUCCAAGUACAUAUG